AUGGAGCUCCUGGGAACGACCACUAUUUUGUUGCUGAUAUGCAUCUCAUGUCUUCUUCUCUUUGCCACACAGAGAAGCACAUCACAUAAAGGGAAGGAGCCUCCCGGUCCCAUGACAUUCCCCAUUGUUGGAAAUAUACUCCAUCUGAACCCACGGAAUGUGCCUGAAAGCUUGAAGAAGCUCAGUGAGAAGUAUGGUCCUGUCUUCACGAUAUACUUAGGCCCAAAAAAGGUUGUAGUGCUGUAUGGCUAUGAUGUGGUGAAAGAAGCACUGAUUGAUCAGGCAGAUGACUUCAGUGGAAGAGGCACUCUGCCACUGAUUACAAAACUCUUCCGAGGCACAGGCAUUGUGACCAGCAAUGGGGAGACCUGGAAGCAGCUCCGACGAUUUGCACUCACCACCCUGAGGGAUUUUGGGAUGGGGAAAAAGAGCAUCGAGGAGCGAAUCCAGGAGGAAGCUCAUUUUCUGGUGGAGAGGAUCAAGAACACACAUAGGCAACCCUUCAACCCUGGCAGAUUCCUACUUCAUGCUGUUUCCAACAUCAUCUGCUCCAUUGUCUUUGGGGAUCGGUUUGACUAUGAGGACAAGAAAUUUCUAACUUUGAUUGAUCUGAUAGAAGAAAACAACAACCUCCAGCUCUCUGUACAGGCACAGCUAUAUAAUUUCUUCCCAACUAUCAUGGACUAUAUACCUGGACCUCAUAAACAGCUGAUAGAAAAUGUUGAAAAAGUUGAUCAAUUUACAACAGAUAUCGUAAUGGAACACCAGAAAACCCUGGAUCCCACUUGUCCUCGAGAUUUUGUGGAUGCUUUUCUUAUCAAAAUGGAACAGGAAAAGGGGAAUAGUCACUCAGAAUUCAAUACUGAGACCUUGACCAGAACCACACUCGACUUGUUCCUUGCAGGAACAGGGACCACCAGCGUCACACUGAGACAUGGAUUUCUGAUUCUCCAUAAAUACCCAGAGAUAGUAGAGAAAAUUCAACAGGAGAUUGACAGUGUGAUUGGCCGAGACCGAAGCCCUCGCAUGGCAGAUCGGAGCCGGAUGCCCUACACAGACGCUGUGAUCCAUGAAAUCCAGAGAUACAUUGAUUUCAUUCCCCUUAAUGUCCCACAUGCUGUGAUCAAAGACACCAAGUUCAGAGACUAUUUUAUCCCCAAGGACACUAUGAUAUUCCCUAUGCUGAGUUCCGUCCUACACGAUAGCAAGGAAUUUCCAAACCCAGAAAAAUUCGACCCAGGACAUUUCCUGAAUGCAAAUGGUACCUUUAAAAAGAGUGACUACUUCAUGCCGUUUUCUGCAGGAAAACGUAUUUGUGCAGGAGAAGGUCUGGCCCGGAUGGAGAUAUUCAUAUUUGUAACAUCCAUCCUGCAGAACUUUACUUUGAAGCCUGUUGUGGAUCUCAAGGACAUUGACACUACCCCGUUGAUCAGCAGUCUGGCAAGCAUGCCCCGUCACUAUGAGAUCUCUUUUGUUCCACGUUAGCCAAGUGAAAACAG